AUGAGAGGUGUUUAUAAUAUAAAUCCACUGAAUUCUCAUGAUGAUAACGUUGUAGAUUUAACUCCUACAUUCGACAAGAUUCAUUCUUAUAGCGACAAUGAGACAAUGAAUAUCUCUCUUCUACUACAUAAAAUGAUAGAUGAAGAUGUUAUAUUCUCCAUCAAGAAUCCUAAAGAACACAAGAUCUCUCUUGCACAUGGAGGAAAUAAACCCCAAACUAAAAAACAAAAAUCAUGCUUAUUACUUGUCUCAACGUCUAGCCACAAACCUCUGACAUCAUCCAUGAUCGCUAAUUGGAUUAAGAAAGUACUUAUAAAAGCAUCUCCUAAUCUAAGGGCUAAAAACACAAAAACACUUGUAGCUUUCUAUACACAAUUUUUCGGUGCGAAUCUAUCUACUAUUCUUGCAAUAGAUAACUGGUUCAGUCAUAGCACUUAUCAACAAUUCUACCAGAGAGGCGUGAUGUCAAUGAUUCAGAAGACACAAGUUGCACAAGGAAUUUUAAGCAAACAAAAUGAUCCCAAUACUACAGUUACUCAAAUAGACUACUCUUUGACUACUCCUACUUCAACUGCUCUUACAACACAAUUACAACAAAGUGGGCAAAACACCAUAACUUCUAAAAACAACAAACCAGUUAGGGCCCCUAGGCCCGUCCCAGUUAGCAUGAGAAAAACCACAGAAAUUCUCACACUGAUCAUCACAACAAACACCGAUCCCAAUUUGGUACAACAACUUACCUCAGCAGUUGACUUACAAUUUUCUAAUUUCCUGGGGCUUUCCAGAUCCAAGGACAUACUUACAACUGAGUUCAACCUACUUACGGCUGACAACUUAGCUCUUUUACCUGACUCUACUACCAACUCCCACCAAAAUCUAUCUAUAGACACCCACUCAAAUACUACAAUUGAAUCUUUAUCAAAAAAAUCUUAUACUACUGCACUUACAAAUAACCAAAAACUUAAUUCUAAAUACAAAUGUAUCUUAGUUUUUAAAGAUCUUGCAGCACAAUAUACUGAUAAAUUUGACAAACUUAAAUGGCACAAUGACUACAUUAUCUUGCACCAUCCUCUCCUUCCAACCACACUUAAUAAAAUCAAAGCUAUAAUUAAUUACAUAUCUACAACUAAACCAAUUAUUCUAUUAGCUACUUCCCAACAACAAGUUGAACCUGCUAUUGCAUUUUUACACACUCACUUUACUUUCAGAGAGGUUCUCACCCACAUCAUCGAUAUCUCUAAACUCCCUGUAUCUAAAUAG